GCAGCAGCGGCAGCGGCUCUUCCCGACUUCCAAAAUGACACAUUUCCUUCUCUGUUUAGCAUUCAUGCGUUGCAGCUUUUCACGUCAGUCUCCUAACGAGAUUGUUCCAUCAGACGGAAUUACCCGCAUCACUCAAUGAAAUACAAUUAUUGAUUACACUGCCCCCUCUCUCUGGCUCUCCUACAACCACACUCUCUCAUCUCCCGAAGUGCUGCAUGCAGUCAGACAGGACUGCAUCAGAGGGGGGAGAGAGACAAAAAAAAAAAAAAAAAAAAAAAAAAAAGAAAAAAAAAAAACCCUGUCGUGCGCUGGCAGUUUCCUCCGAUCCUGCUCCUCAUCGGGGGAGGGGGGCAAAAACAAAAAUCCCAGAAAGAGCUUCACUAUUUACCAUGAAGGGAUAACGGAGUUUGCUGCAAUGUGUUACUUUCAGCUCAGUCCACUCUUCACGCCAUAAAGACGCCCAGCUGAUGACGGUGAUUGCCGGAGACUUUGAGGGUUAUCUCCUGUUGUGACUCAAAAGUGCAGCAUCUCUAGAUCCUCCGAUAGCCGCAAAUCUCCAUCCUUCUGCACUCAGCCCUCCAAACCUGCCAGAAAAGGUCAACAUUUAGCGCCACUAUGGAGGACACGUACAAUAACAGGACUUCUCUGGUUAAGGGAGCCAAGGACAUGGUCAAGGAAGCCAAGCGGCACACGGCGAAGAAAGUCAACAAGGUGGUCGACCGCGCUGCCGACGAGUACUCAUCUCAUCGCAACUACACGCGAUUCCAGGAUGAGGAGGACGAAGACGAGGAUUUCUACCACCACCAGAAAGGACACGAAGGAGAGAGUUGCCGUGACAACGAGGAGGGCUCCAGCGAUGCCACGGAGGGCCACGAUGACGAGGACGAGAUCUAUGAGGGGGAGUACCAGGGGAUCCCCUCUUCAGCCGCAGACAAGAAGCAUAAGGAAGGCCAGGUGGCGCUGGGACAGCCGACGUCGGAUGCAGCGAGGGACCGCAGUGAGCUGGAGCAGGAGAGGGAUGCAGAUGAAGAGGAGCUGGCCCAGCACUAUGAGCUGAUCUUGCAGGAGUGUGGCCAUGGGAGCUUCCAGUGGCAGCUGUUCUUUGUACUGGGACUGGCGCUCAUGUCAGAUGGUGUGGAAGUGUUUGUGGUGGGAUUCGUCCUGCCCAGUGCAGAGACAGACAUGUGUAUCCCAAACUCCAGCUCAGGAUGGCUCGGCAGCAUUGUGUACCUGGGAAUGAUGGUUGGAGCUUUCUUCUGGGGAGGAAUGUCUGACAAAGUGGGCCGCAGACAGUGUCUCCUCAUUUGCAUGUCCACCAAUGGCUUCUUUGCCUUCCUGUCAUCUUUUGUCCAGGGAUACGGACUCUUCCUCCUCUGCCGUGUAGUCGCUGGCUUCGGGAUAGGAGGUGCUGUGCCCAUUGUUUUCUCCUUCUUUGCGGAGGUGUUGUCCAGAGAGAAAAGAGGAGAACACCUUAGCUGGUUGUGUAUGUUCUGGAUGAUUGGAGAGAUCUAUGCAUCUGCCAUGGCCUGGGCCAUUAUACCGCACUACGGUUGGAGCUUCAGCAUGGGGUCAGCAUACCAGUUUCACAGCUGGAGGGUUUUUGUCGUCGUUUGCGCCCUGCCGUGUGUGUGCGCUGUGGUGGCUCUUACCUUCAUGCCGGAGAGCCCCAGAUACUACCUUGAGGUUGGGAAGCACGACGAGGGCUGGAUGAUCCUCAAGCAGAUCCACGACACCAACAUGAGAGCACGUGGGCAGCCGGAGAAAGUCUUCACUGUAAACAGGAUAAAAAUCCCUAGACAACUGGAUGAGUUGGUUGAAAUGGAAUCAGGAACUGGAAACCCGGUUUCCAAAUUUUUCUUCAGGAUUAAAGCUGAAAUACAUGGGAUCUAUCUAAACCUCAUGAAGUGCUUCAAGUAUCCUAUGCAGGAAAACACGAUGCGACUGGCCAUAGUGUGGUUCACGCUGUCCUUCGGGUAUUAUGGUCUGUCUGUUUGGUUCCCUGAUGUCAUCAAGCACCUUCAGGCGGAUGAAUAUGCUUCCAAAGUGCAGAUCCACAUUAACGAACGCAUUGAAGGCUUCACCUUCAACUUCACCCUGGAGAACCAGAUACACAGAAAUGGGACAUUUAUUCACGACCAGUUCGUCAACAUGAAGCUGAAAUCCGUCACCUUUAUUGACUCCACGUUUCGUUACUGCACCUUUGACGAUGUGACGUCGGUGGGUUCCUUGUUCAAGAACUGUACGUUUAUUGACACUUUCUUCUUCAACACAGAUAUUGAUGAAUCCAAGCUGGUCGAGGGCACAGAGGUGAUUAACAGCACUUUCACCCACAACAAGACUGGGUGCCAGAUGACAUUUGUUGAUGACUACAGUGCCUACUGGGUUUACUUCAUCAACUUUCUGGGAACACUGGCUGUUCUUCCUGGCAACAUUGUGUCUGCUCUUCUGAUGGACAAAAUCGGGCGUUUGUCCAUGUUAGGUGGCUCCAUGAUCCUGUCUGGUAUCAGCUGUUUCUUCUUGUGGUUUGGCACCAGUGAGUCCAUGAUGAUUUUCAUGUUGUGCCUUUACAACGGUCUGAGCAUUUCGGCCUGGAACUCCCUGGAUGUGGUCACUACGGAGUCUUUCCCCACUGUCAGAAGAGGAACAGGCUUCGGUUUCUGUAACGCCUUGUGCAAGCUUGCUGCUGUGCUGGGGAACCUGAUCUUUGGCUCACUUGUUGGCAUCACCAAGGCCGUCCCCAUCCUCAUGGCCUCGUCGGUGCUCGUUGGAGGGGGGCUGGUGGGGCUGCGGCUGCCCGACACUCGGUCAAAUGUCCUUAUGUAACUCCAUCAACUUGGAUGAGUCCUGUGAGUUCUCAAGAAGGCCAAAAGAGCUUUCCAUAGGGAGUGCAAGUGGCUUGGUUUGCCCUGAGUGUGUUAAUUUUAAGAAAAAAUUUGGAUUUUUUUCCACAUACUGUCAUAUUAUAACAAACUUUAUUUUACUAAUUGGAACUUACGUGACAGACUAACACAAAGAGAAAAUCUGAAAAUUGUGGUCUUCGUGAUGAUGUUUGUUUGCUAAUGUUCUUAAAGGGCAAAACAGAGCAGGUGCAUUUAUAUGGAGAUUAAUUUACACACAGGUGGACUUUAUUUAGCAGUGUCUGCAGUCAGCUGAUUGCUCUGGAUUGUAUUAACGAGGAUCAACGAAAAGGAACUCUGUACUUCUCAGAAUUUUUGAAAAUUUAGAAAAAUCAUCCAUAAUUUAGUCUUUUAUUUUGACUAUAUUCUACUUUGUGUUGGUCUAUCACAAACAAAACAAAAAACAAACAAGCAUUGACGUUUGUAAGGCAGAGUGAGUGGAAAUGAAGCACCAUGUUGUAAUGUUUGGUUCUAGGUAGGAGCAAAGUGCAGAUAACAGGAGGCAGCAGGUGGAGUGCAGAAGCUUUAUUGCUAAAUCCAAAGAAGACUUCCAGCGAGGCACGAGAAGCCGGCAGGGAGCCGACCAGAGAGCUUGCGAAAGGAAUCGCAGAAUAUCGCAGAGUGCAACAAAAGGAUCCAGUGGAGACCCGAUAUGUACUGAGGAAGGAGUGCAGAAUAAUAUGACCACCAGAAGAGGUAGUCAUGAGUGGGGAAGAGAGGAAAAUUAGGAGAAAUGAGCUGAGGUGAGAGACAAGUCAAGGGAAGGAGGAGCAUAAGUAAGGGAGAAAAUCUAACUAAAUGAGAAACAAAGCUGUUUUCAAAAUUAACAACAGCAACAAAAGGAAAACUGAUCUAAUACUCAAAUAAUAAUAAUAAACCAAGAUGUAAAACACACAGAAUAAGGAAGACCAGAUCUAAGUAACUAUUAAUGAUUAAAACUGAAAACACAAAUGAAGCUAAAAGUCCAAAUAGCUACACAUCAUUACAACAUAAAGCAGUAAAAAAUGCUUUACUAAACAAAAAGAAAAAAAAAAAAAACCUCCCUGGUAAAAUAGAGCUUAAUUUGUCAAGCACAGAGAAGAAACAACUAUUAAAAUGCAGAUUUAAAUCCAAAUUAAUUUGAAUUCAAGUUUAAUUUUGAAUGAUCAAGAAAAUAGUUCAUGAGUCAGAUUUUUGAGUUGAAAGCUGCAUUAUUAAAAUGUUUUUUUUUUUUUUUUUUGGUCAUGAUUUGAAAGAAGUGACACUUGCUGGACGUCUCAGGUUUUUAGAAAGUCUAUUCCAGACACAAGGAGAAACAAAAUGCAUCCCCUACGUCAAGUCCUGGAAAAGUUGGCAGUCGUAACGUGACAAAAUUUGAAAAUGUCCACGGUUUUUUUUUUUAUACUUUAGCAAUCUGCUGUACUUCUGCUAAAUCCACUCACUAGUAAAUCACAUCUUCACAAACCCAGAUGUUAACCUGCUCCAUAAGACUGAGCAGGUUAACAUCUGCUCAGUUUUUUUUUUUUUUUUUUUUUUUGACUGAUUGCAUCCUCCAGCUCCAGUCACAACCUUACAUAGAGACACCUUAUGACGGAAGCUUGAGGCUUUUAAUAUUGAUACAGUCUUAUUAAGACGGGCCAGAUGGGGAGAAAAGUGAAAAACAAGCUGUAAUGAGCACAACCAAGCUGUUGUGCGACAGCGUGGGAGCUCCUGAUCAGACAGAGAGGACUCAUUGACACCUGGCUCACCUGCAGGACUCGCACUCUGAGCAACGAACAUUUGUUGCAGAAAGUUGCUAGAUACGUAAAUAGUGUGAGAUGAGUAAACUUCUGACAUAUUGACACACUUUUAUUAAUCUCUAAACCUGCACCACUUAAUUUUUUUUUGAGUAUUUUGCUCAGACUAGACCAACGUUUGAGAGUAGAUCAUUUAUUCAGGGAACCAAGCCAUUUGCAUAAUCUCAACCUUGAAUUGAAAAGGCCAUAGUAUAGAUUAUAUUUUCUUGUACCGUUAAAUGUAUGUGAUGUUAAAUAUGAGGAUGACACCUUUGUUACCCGGUGUGUGACUGUGAAAGCUGAAAAGGUAGUAGUUUUACUCCAGAUAUAGAUAUUUGCCAUUCUGUUUCAGAAUUUGUUUUCUGAUGUAAGUUUUGUGUUGAAUCCUGUCUCUGUGACUGUUCCUGCCAUUUUCUUAAAAAAUAAAAUAAAAUAAAUUAUAAAUACUGAAUGGCCUUUUUUAGGAUGUGCCUCUCCUUGACAGGAUCAGUCUGCCCAUAGUCUUGCACUUUCCAAAGGUUAUAGGAAAAUGAGAGAAAUAAACCUGAGUGUAAAUGGACAUACUGAAAUUAAUGGUUUAUUUAUUUAUUUAUUUAGUCCCACUCUGUCUUGGAUUAUUCAAUUUCCAGUGAUUUGCCAAAGUGUUUGUACUCUGUGAUAGACCAAUGGCAAGAAUUGCAUAAUUUCGAAGUAGAUAGAAAUUAACAAAUGACUUCCUUUAGUUUGUUUUAAAAAAAUUCGAAAAGUGUGACUUUCAUGUAUAUUUAGCCAUCUGGAUCAAUACUUUAUAACUUGCCAAUCUUUAUUGACACGGCUCUUCCAGCUUUAGCUCCAUCCAUUCUCCCAUCAACUCUUACUGGCUUUUAUAUCCCUGCUGAGGAAAAACCUCCCCAAACAAUGACGCUACCACCACUAUUUUUACUGUGGGCGUCGUUUACUCAAACUGUACAUUUUUUGUUACCCUUAGUAUUUUACCUGUAGGUCAAAAGGCUACAUUAUCAUUUAGCUCUGGUUUGUUUCUCCCCUGGUGCAUUUAUUUUUAUUUUUUUGUACACAAUUCCUCCUCUGCCAGACGGUCUUGGUACGGUUCCAAGACUGUACCAAGACGGUCUUGGUUUGUGAAUGUGACCUGACCCCAAGUCGACACAGCUGCCACCUAGGCAUUUACUACAAGCCUGAGCAAAAUGCCAGUCUGCUGCAUGAGUUUUUCUUAGAGCAUAGACCCCCAUUCAACUUUAGGGUGUAUUCUUAAAGUACAUUUGAGAAUAGGUAUAAACAGACUCAACAUUUUUGCCUUGUUUGUACUGCCAAUUUUUGUUUUGCUUUGCUUGGAUUUUGUGAAAAAAAGAAACUAAACCACAAAAUAAUUACAAAUAAAGUCGAUGAAUUUGAACUAGAAAUAUUUGAAUUACAGGUGAGAAAACACCCUAAAUUACACACACAGCUUGACUAAUUUCAAAUUGCCAAAUUCAGGUAAUUUCUUAAGGGCGUGGGUUUUACUGUGAUUUAUUGGUACCAGAGUAAAGAGGGCUGAAUACACAUGUAUGGCACACUUCAAAAUAUUUUUUGUAAAAACGUUGUAAAAACUCUCAUGCUGAUUUCUCCUCCUCUUCAGUUAUUCAAGAUUUUAUGUUGGUUUAUCACAUAAAAUCCCAAUACAAUCCAAUGAGGUUUGUGUUUUUGAUGUAACAAAAUGUAAAAAUAUUGCAAGGAUGAAUAUUUUCACAAGGUACUGUGUGUGCUAUGUGAAUGUUUGCACUUUCAAAACAAAAGUUGUUCAUUUGAAGUAGAUCAUUGUGACAGUUUCCUAUAAUGUGCUUCUAAAAAAGUGACACACUUGUGAGACUCACUGUGUUGCAAUAUUUUGUUCUGUUUCCUCAAUACUGAGACCCCCAAUACACUGUUGAAGAGAAAAUAUGAGAAGAGGUAACACAUUGAAAAGGAAUAAAACUAUGUUAACGUCAUGUUGCUAUUUCCAUAGUUACAUAACUCCAAAAUUGUAUUUUCUCACAUAUUGUUUCUCCUUUUGUUUGAAUGGGUAAACUGAGAUUCUCAUUCUUUCAUUCUUGUUUGUUUAGUUUGUGCCUGUGAUCUCUGUUUUCUGUAUUUCUCUAUUUCCCCACAUUUCUUUGUCUUUGUGGUAUGUCGACUGUAGUUGUAUGUAGGAUACCCUUCACUGAAGCCUUCUUACAUAGGGCCACUUAAAAAACAAAGAACCCCCUCUAGGCCCCACUAUUGUUUGUGUAAGCUUCACAUUUAUCUCUAUUUUGCAAAAUGGGUUGGAAAAUAUAUACUGAAGUAUUGCGCUGUUGCUCAGCCAAUCCUGGUUUAACUAUUCUUGAACCAAGAGCAUUGCAGUCAACAAA